AUGCGGCUCACACGGCUCGUACCAGCACUCGCGUCAGUCCUUGCGGCCACCGCGGCUGCUGCCGCCGGCGCUGGGGACGCUGCUCCACAGGCGACCUUCCUCUCGCCCGAACAGCUCGCAACGGCAGGCGGCGAGAGCUACACGUACCAGAGCGACAUCGCUCGUUUGAUGCGAGUUGUGGUCUCGCACUUGUACCAUGACCGCGACGUCUUCGUUCGCGAGCUCCUCUCGAAUGCCAACGACGCCCUCGAGAAGGUCCGCCUGAUCGCCCUCACCGACCCCUCUAUCCUCGAACCGGCAGAACAGCUCAACGUGACAGUUCUCGCGGACAAAGACAGCGGGCGCAUCGUGAUCCGCGACUCUGGCGUUGGCAUGUCGAAGGAACAGCUCGCAGCCAACCUCGGCACCAUCGCUCGCUCCGGCACAUCCGAGUUCCUUGAGAACCUCGAGAAGGGCGACGGCGGCAACCUCAUUGGACAGUUCGGUCUCGGCUUCUACUCCUCGUUCCUCGUCGCGGACCGCGUGACGGUCGCCAGUAAGACGGCAGAUGACACGGAGCAGUGGGUGUUCGAGAGCGAAGCGAAUGCGGACGGGUUCAAGAUCGUCAAGGACCCGCGCGGGCCGACGCUUGGCAGGGGAACCGAAAUCACGCUCUACCUCAAGCCGGACGCGGCCGACGAGUAUCUCGACUUGCCCAAGCUUCGCUACCUCAUCCAAAAGCACGCCGAGUACAACGCUGCGCCUAUCUACCUUUGGUCCAGCGCUUCACUCGAUCCUUCGGUGAACGCUGUCCCGGUCGUUGAGGCAGAGGAUGACGAGAUCAAGGUUGAGGACGAGGCCACGGCUGUUGAGCAACCCCAGUGGGAUCUCGUCAACGACCGUCCGCCUCUGUGGAUGCGCGACUCGAAGGAUGUCACGGAAGAAGAGUACGAGAACUUCUACAUGAAGACGUUCGACUCGCCCGACGCUCCCCUCGCCUGGGCGCACUUCAAGGGCGACGCUGGAACGACGUCGUUCCGUGCCUUGGUCUACAUUCCUUCCGCCCUGCCGAACGACUUUUACUCGAAGGACUACAUCUCGCUCAACUCGCUCAAGCUCUUCGUCAAGCGCGUCUUCAUCACUUCCGAUCUCGGCCCCAACUACCUCGAGCGCCACAUGAACUGGAUCAAGGUCUUUAUCGACGUCGAUGACCUCCCCCUCAAUGUCGGACGCGACAGCCUCCAGAAGACCAAGGCGUUGGCGCAGAUCAAGAAGAACCUCCAGAAGCGCGUGUACGACCUCUUUGCUCAGAUUGCCUCGCAAGACCCGAGCAAGUACGCCGAGCUGUACGAGAAGGCCGGGGUCGCUCUCAAGGUCGGGGCCGUCGAAGACGCCAAGAACCGCGACCGCAUCGUCAAGCUGCUUCGCUUCACGACUUCGGCUCAGGAGAACUCGACCAGUCUCGACGAGGUCGUCGCGAGGCGGAAGCAGGGCCAGACGCAGAUCUACUACAUCGCCGGUGCGGGCCAGAAGAAGGAUUCCCUUGAGAAGAGUCCGUUCGUCGAGCGCAUCCUGGCGCGCGGCUACGAGGUCCUGUACUUUACCGACCCUAUCGACGAGAUGGUCAUCAACUCGGUGCCGACGUAUGGCGGUCUCCGCUUCCAGGACGUCGCCAAGGACGGCGUCAAGUUCGGCGACGAAGACGACGACGAGAAGAAGGAGGAGGAGGACCUCAAAUCGACGUUCGCGCCGCUCGUUGGCUAUCUCAAGAAGGAGCUCGCCGAGUUUGUUGACAAGGUCACAAUCUCUACCCGCUUGACCACCUCGCCGUGCCUCGUCACUGCCGGCACGUACGGCUACUCGGGCAACAUGGAACGCCUGCUCGCGGCGCAGAACCAGGGCAGCGACAACUUCAUGCUCAACUUUGCGAGGAUGCAGAAGAAGAACUUUGAGCUCAACCCGAAGCAUCCGCUCAUUGAGCGCCUGCUGGAAAAGGUCGACGAGGCUGGCGAUGACGAGGACGCGCUCGCCGAGCUGAAGGAAAGCGUGUCGGUGCUCUGGCAAACUGCGCUUCUCAAGUCGUCCUACCAGGUCCCCGACCCCAACUCGUAUUUCUCGCUGGUCGAAUCGAUGCUGCGCAAGUCAUUGGGCGUCUCGCAGACGGCUCAGGCCGAGGUCGACGUGAAGCCUGCGCCGCCCGUCGAGACCGGUCCUCCCCCUUCCGAGCCACCGCCUCCGCCUUCGUUCGACGAGGACUUCCUCGCAAAGGACGAGGCUCUCCGUCACGAACAGGAAGAGGCCGAGGAGGCUUUCGAGAAGGCGUCGGAGCACAAGUGGGUCGACUGGAGCUCGGUCAAGGAGAAGAUCGGCGAGGGUAUCAAGGACACCGUCAAGGCGGCAGUGCCGGACCUUGACACGGACGUUCCCAAUGCGCCUGUCCACGAGGAGCUGUAA